AUGGGGCAGACCAAAAACACAUCGCUGGACACAACAGUGACAGAAGUCAUUCCGCUGGGCUUCUCUCACCCCCUAGACCUGAGGCUCCUGCUCUUCCUGGUCUUCUUGGUCGUUUACACCCUGACUCAGCUGGGGAACCUGCUCAUUCCAGUCACCGUGUAGAUUGACCCAAAACUCCAUGCCCGGCCCAUGUACAUUCUUCUGGGCGUGCUCUCUCUGCUGAACAUGUCCUUCUCCUCUCUCACCAUUCCUCGAUUUAUACUGCAGUUCACUCCCACCAGCAAGGCAAUCCCACUCAGUGGCUGUGUGGCUCAACUGUAUUUGGGUCACUCCCUUGGCAGCACCCAGUGUUUCCUCCACACUGUGAGCUAUGACAGGUACCUGGCAAGAUGCCAGCCCCUGCGCUACCCCGUGCUCAUGAACGGGAGGUUGUGCACCAUCCCAGUGGCUGGAACCUGGGUGUCCGGCUCCAUCUGUGGGGCUAUCCAGGCCACCCUGACUUUCCACCUGCCCUACUGUGGGCCCAGUGAAGUAGCUUAUUUCUUUUGUGACAUCCCUGCAGUGUUGGUACUGGCUGACACGACUAUCGAUGAACUUGACUUUGUGGACAUCGGGGUGGCGGCCGCCAGCUGCUUCAUGUGAAUUCUGCUCUCCUAUGCCAGCAUAGUCUAUGCCAUCCUGAAGAUGUGCACUGCCGAGGGGCGGCACACAGCUUUCUCCACCGGUGGCUCCCUCCUAGCCGCGGUCACACUCUAUUAUGUGCCCUGCACUUUCACCUACAUUCGGGCUGGCUCCAGAAGUCCCCUGGAUGGGGCAGUGACCGUUUUUUACAUUAUUGUCACUGCAUUACUGAAUCCCAUCAUCUAUACACUGAGGAACCAGGAUGUGAAGUCUGCCCUGAAGCAAGUCCAGGGAGUACAUAAAGUGUUUGCUGACCUCUGUUCUAGACAAUACAACACCAAGGUGACUUGGGAGCUAGAAAGAUUAUCACAAGUGUUUAAGGAUAUGUGGAAUAGUUCACUUUCAAAGUAUUCUCUCAAGGACUACACCAUGCCUAUAUAUUUGAAGAAGAUGUGGAGAAAAUAUUCAAGCUAUUCCAAAGAUCAGAAGAUAAGGUGUCAGGCCAACCUCAAGGACUAA